AGGGGCGAGGGGGCGGCGGACGCGUGACAGAGACGGUCAUAUGGCGCCCGAGUCGGAAUGGGCAGGGGGAGUCUUAUAUCUCCUACGCGUUCACGUAACGCACAUGCGCCUAUAUUUCUACGGAAGCGCCUAUACGCCACUGUAAGCGAAGUGCGUGUGUGUGCCUAAAGUAAGGUACACAUGCCAGAAUUGCGUGCGAGGGACCCCUUUAGGCUAACCGAAAUUUCCUAGAAUAGAAUGAAUUGCGAGCGAGCCUACCCCCUAGGCUAGCUGAAAUUCGUUAAAAUUAAACGACUGUGUGAAAAAGAGGUUAUGUUUGACGUUCUUGAAACGUUAACUUAGUUAAAAGUUUCUUUUUAAAUAAUUAAAAAGUAGAAAUUUUGUGAGAACGUUCAGUUUAAUUCCUGAAAAUGGAUCAAAAUAAUUAUAGACAAAUUAUUUUAAAAUUUGGCGACGAAUCGCAAAAUAUUUUCGUUGAAAAUAAUAAAUUAAAUAAAAGUACUUUGGAGGAAUACUUUCCCAAGGGAAGUACUUUAAAGUACAUUUUAAAUGGAGAAUCUUUUCUCCCAAAUGCGGAUGCCAGUUUUAUACAUUUGAAUCCUGCAGCCGAUGAAUACUUGGUGUCACUUCCAAGAGGUAAUGCUGAAUUACCUGAAGUAGGAACAAAGAGACGACAACGUUAUUUUGACAUGCUAGGCGAACUUUACAAGGGGAAAGACGAACCAGAAGGAAAAAAGUUUUUUGGACAAAAAAUCAGUAAUAAAAAUCAAGACAAAGAUUUAAUAAAGAAUAAAAAAAGUACGUCACAAGAAUUUAAUAAAUCAAAGAAGCCUUUAAACAGAAUUGUGCAUGUUUCCUGGAAGCAUAGAAAAUCUUGUACAGAUCAAUACCACUAUGUGGGAAGACCUCUAGGAGAAAAGAAAAAAAUUGUAUUAAAUUUCAAUGAGGACUAUCCGAUUGAUAAAUUGCAAUCUACAAUUUUGAAACAAUAUAUUGAUGAGCAUAAUGCAGAUAUUAUUGAAAAAAGUACAGUUUUUAUUGGAACACACGAUGGAAAUCCUAUUACCACAUACUUAAAUGAAAAAAAUGAACUAUGUGACUUUUGGACAUUUAGUAAAUUGAAAUUAAAAAACACUAAUCAUUCGUUAAGUUUGUGUGUAUUGACGACAAAAAAUUCAAUUCUAGAAAGCAAAAUAAUUUCUGAAACAGCGACUAAUAUUGAAAAAGUCUCGGUUGAAUUAAAUGAAAAAAAUUUUAAUCGUUUUCGGGAAGAUGUACCUACGUUCCACGCAAGUUUUGAUUCAUCACAUUGUAAAAAUUCUGUUGACUUUGAAGUAUCGUCACUUUCAAAGCCAUGGGAAGAAUCGUCUGUCUCAAAAGUGCCGCCAUUUUCAAGGCCAUCGGAACAAUCGUUUGUACCUAAAGUACCGACAUUUUCAAAGUCAUUAAAACAAUCGUCUGUCAUCAACAUAUCGUCCUCUUCACAGUCCAUGAAGAAAUCUUCUGUUUCAAAAGUAUCGCCAUUUUUAGAGGCAUGGGAAAAAUCGUUUGUCCCAAAAGUAACGUCAUUUUCAAACUUAUUAGAAGAAUCAUCUGUCAACAGCAUAUCGUCAUCUUCUCAGUCCAUAAACAAAUCGUCUGCCUCAAAAGUAGCGCCAUUUUCAAGGCCAUCGGAACAAUCGUUUGUACCUGAAGUACCAACAUUUUCAAAGUCAUUAAAACAAUCGUCUGUCAUCAACAAAUCGUCCUCUUCACAGUUCAUGGAAAAUUCGCCUAUCUCAAAAGUACCGUUAUCUUCGAAGCCAUUUGAACUAUCGUUUGUCCCAAAAGUGCCAAGAUUGUCAAAGUCAUUAGAACAAUCGUCUGUUAUUAACAUAUCGUCCUCUUCACAGUCCAUGGAAAAUUCUUCUAUUUCAAAACCACCGUCAUCUUCGAAGUUAUUCGAACAAUCAUCUGUCUCGAGUUCAUCACAAUCACUGAAAAAAUCAUAUGUUAAUACUAAUGAAAAUGACUCAAUUAAAUCACCUUCUUUCUCAAACAUAACAAUAAAAGCACCAAUUGAUAGUAAUAUGCCGAAAAUGGAAAGAAAUGAACACUCUGCGCAUGUUUUUAAAACACCUACAUGCACAAAGGUCGAAAAAGCAAAAUUGCUUAAAGUGUCUAUACCUUUCAUCAAAGAAAAUCAAUUACAAUUUUCUGACAUCAUUUUAGGAAGAGGGGGGCAAGGAAUAGUGAGAAGAGGGAAGUAUAUUCAUUGUGAUGUGGCUAUAAAAUCUAUUACGAAAGGAAGAAAUAUUUCUCUUGCCUUGAGAGAAAUACAGCUCCUUGAUAUAAUCAGACAUCCGAACAUUAUUAUGAUUAUGGCAGUUAGUGAAACUCCAUCACAAUUUCAUAUCGUUAUGGAGCUUUUUGAUUCCUCAUCUUUGUAUGACAUUUUAUUCCCCAAAGAGAGAGAUAACAAAAUGCUACUAGAAUUUUCUUCAAAAAUGCAUAUAUUGCGCCAGUUAUGCUCUGCAAUUUGCUACUUACACUCGCAAUCACCACCUAUCAUUCAUAGGGAUAUAAAACCAUCAAAUAUUUUAAUUAAUAACCAUUACAGUGUCAAAUUAUGCGACAUGGGUUUGGGAAAAAGUAAAAUUAUCACAAAUUUAGAGUCGAGUAGUGUCGGUACUAUUCGAGGUACGUACUUAUAUAUGGCUCCGGAAAUAUUUUUGGACCAUAAAGAAGCCACCGUAGAGUCGGAUAUCUGGGCAUUUGGGUGUACCAUUGUCGAAUUGUUUUCAGAGGAAUCAGUGUGGAAUAUUCAAGGACGUAAUUUGAUGUUGUCUUUAGCACAAAAUUUUCAACAAAAAUUAACUCCAAAUUUAGAAUCUCUUCCUUACUUUUUUCAACACAUCGUUGAAAAAUAUUUUACAUACGACCCACAAAUGCGACCAAAUGUUGUAACAUUAUUAGAGUGCCUAUCAGUACAAAAAAUGUAAUUCAAUUUUGGUUGUAUAAAAUAUGAAUUGAAGGUUUUGCACAUCUUCAUAUAAGAUUAUUCUGUUUCUGUAAAGCUUGAAAGUACAAAUCGAUAUAAUGUGUUCAUUAUAAAUAGUUCUUUAAGAAUUAUUUUGCAAUAUUUUACAAAGUAAUUGUUUUAAUAGUUCGUUUUUUUAUUGUAUACUAACAUUACAAAAAUUAAGCUUAGUAUGUUUCGUUUCAAAUGUUUAGAGAAUAAACCUCAAAGUAUUACAUGCUGUGAUUAAGACUGGUAGUGUUUAAUACUGAAUGUAUAAUUUAUAUCAUUGUGUAAGUGUACAUCGUUUUUGUUUCAUUUAUUAUUAAAAAUUGAAUAUUUAACAUAUUUAAAUUUUUAAGUUUAAAAUCUUUCA